GACUAGGGCAUAUGGAAGCAAGCAAUUUCAUUUUGAAAUAGUUUUGCUCACACCAACUGACUACAUAGUUGUGUCCAACGAACAUGCUUGUAGUCUUUGUUGACGUACGAAACAUGCCGGGAAAAGCCGUACAACAGUAGCAGGAUCAACUCUCGAGAACGUAAAUUUGUUGUAAUUUCUGUGUUCGUGUCCCGCAACCACAUACAUCAUACAAGCACAUAUCAAAACAUAGAGAGGUCAUUCUGCUGCUGGCACCAGUACCAGGCUGCUGACUUUGUGGUGGAUGCAUCGUGGAAGCAGACAUAUGCCUGGUGUUUGGAUACAGUAAACCACUGGCCUUCGUCUUCGCGGAAGGAAUCCUGGUAUCCAGAUAUUAGAAGAGCGAGCGCCUCUUUCUUCGAAACGUAACACGUCAAAUACAGAUUCAUCCCAGCCUGAGAAUACUUGAUUCGUCUGCUUCAUUAUGAGGUUCCGGUUCUGCGGAGAUCUGGACUGCCCAGAUUGGAUUCUUGCAGAAAUAAAUACGUUGGCGCGUAUGACGUCAAUUAAAAUGAAGCUGCUUUGCCAGCAGGUAGCACGGUCGCUUAUAGGAGAGAGCAUCGACUACGACAAAGUUAAGAAGCUUACGGCGGAUGCAAAAUAUGACACUGGUGAUGUGAAGGGAUGCGUGGCAGCAGUGUCUUUUGUGCUAACAUCAGGUGCACGCCAUGGGGUGACAGAGGAAGCACUCUCUAGCGAACUGCAGCAGUUGGGGCUGCCACGAGAGCUGAGUGCUGCACUCUGUCAUGUCUACAGCGACAAUCUACCUGCUAUUACUGCUGCUCUGCGUGACAACUCACUCCGCUUGAGCCAUCUGAAAGAUGUAAGCUGGCGUGUUGACUUGGUUGGUGGGUCAAAUGUUUUGUCUGUUGAUGGUGAAAUCAGACCAGAAGUGUGCUUGAAGCUUCAGGUGCUUGAUUGUCUAACAGGAGAAGAAAAAUAUCACCAAUUUAACGUGACAGAGGAUCAUUUAAACAUAAUGAUUGAUGAUCUGAAAAAGGUGACAGGCAUUAUUGAUGGCCUGUAGAACUUCCAGCUGUGAAAUACAUCAAUAUAAAACAGUGAAAAUCAAAAUUGCUUUGUUAUGAUGGAAUUCCAUUAAAUUGUUUUCUUUCCAGUAAUAAAUGAGAAAUGUAUUACUUGAUGAAAUGUUAAGAAAUUUGCAACUUCAAAUAAGUUACACCAUGCAUUUCUUAUGAGCAACUGUAUCAAUGGUAAUAAACACUUUUUUAUAUCAGAA